UGCCGUACGAUAGUGUUCAUGAGGUGAACAGCAUCGUCAGAUCCGUCACAGUAAUCCGUAGAGAGAUAGAGGUGUUCCGGUCUCCGGUUGUCGCUCAUGUGAAGAGUUUUGUCGACCAAGCCGUGAAGACAUCAAGAAGUCGGCGCUGUACAGAUAUCUACCCCAUCACGCUGCUUUAAUCUUUCAAGAAAGGCUGGCAUUGAUCUCCAUCUUCCUCCUCGGGCAAUAUACCAUUCCAUACCUCACAAUGUUAACCUCAACAGUCAUGAAGCAGCUCCCCCGAGCCAGCACCAGAUCCCUCCGCCGCCCCAUCCAAGCCGCCAGCACCCGCCUCCAACCCCAUCGACUCUACCAUGAAACCCCCAACUCCCGAGCCUCUGUCGAAACCGCUCGAUCCCUCAACCCAACCGACCCCCUCACCAACCUCCCUCCAACCUGGUCACCUGCACCCACCAUCACCGGCAACCGUCCCCAGCUAGACAUAACCAAACAAGUCUUCAAACCCUCCUACUACCAGGCCGUCGCCGAAAUCAUGAAGCUCCGCUCCAAAUACAUCACCAACCGCUCCGUCUUCAUCGAAGGCUCCGACAUGGCCUCCCUCCUCCUUGGCCUCGGUGCUACCCGCGCCGACUUGGAUGCCCUCCAGCGUGUCUCCGACAACCUCUACUCCGACCCGACCUUACCCUUCCGGCGCUCACGCAACGGCCGUUUCUGCUUCGACUUCUCAACAUCCUCGGUCCGACGGCUCGAGUUCCAACCGUUCGCGUUGUCGGUAGAAGAGGACUUCAAGCGGCAUGAUUCGGGCCAGAUCCGGGUGUUCGACGAAGUCCAAGACGAGCUGCAGCUUAACACGGCCUUUCAGGCUUUGCUCGUCUUCAAGGGGAUGAUCUGCCACGGGGUCGCAACCGCGCAGCGGCCGCGGCUGGAUUAUUAUAGUGACAAGUGGGUGUGCACGCUCUUCAACUUACGCACCGUCACCACCCCUUCCAUCCUCGGCGAGCCGGCGCUCGAGGGCGUGCAUACCGAUGGGGUGGAUCACACCAUGACUACGUACCUGGGCUCCGAAAAUAUGGACCUGGCGGCGAACAGCGCGGUGACGUUCAUGCAUGACAUGAAUGAGGAGACGGGAGCCAAGUAUACCGAGAUCAAACCCCAGAACUUGAGGAGCAGGGUGCAGCAUAGGCACUUUUUGGAUACCCUGUUGUUGGUGGAUACGGAGAAUAAACACUCGCUGAGCCCGGUGUUGCCGGUUGAUGGGACGAAGGAGGCGAUGAGGGAUAUGCUGAUUUUCUUUACGAGACGGCCGGUGAAGAAGGACGGUGGGGGGCAUAUUUCGGAGAGCAUUGAUUCGUUUAGGCCGCAUGGGGAGUUGCCGAUGGAGGUGCCGCUUUUUUUGCCUGGUAAGAUUUAUGGGAAGGGGCAGUAGGGUGGUUCGUUCAUGGGAGGUUCGAUAGAUGGGGAGGAUGUCGUUGAUUCGGGGGGGAAAAGAUUGGAUUUGACCGGAUUUCAGUUGAAGAGGGUUCGCAUGUUCUUUCUGUUACUAGGGCGUGUGGAUGUUAGUACAUCUAGUGAGUUAGAUAGACUAUAGUUGUCUCAUUAGCUAAGUUGUUCACGGUGUCUAUCAUGCGGCAGAUGCUUUUCAUGUGAAGAACGUCAGCAUUUACAUAAGUUGAAA